AGUUAUAGCCCUAAAAUGGUCUUUUCACCAACCCACAGCGAGUGCCCCAAGAAAAGAAAAAAGAAAAAGAAAAAGGAAAACACAGAGAAGGGUCCCAGUGGGGUAUUAAAAUUCGACCCUCAAACAUUUUUAUUUCUCUUUUCCUUUUUUUUUGUUGCUCAGACUCACUGUCCGUUGGAACCAAACAGUUCACUUCACUCUGCUUUGUCUUGCUUUGCUUUUGAUUUUACAAAUUAUGAGCCAACUUUGCAUUACAUUAUCAGUCUCAGUAGUGGAUCACCGGUUAUGAAUCCCACCGCCACCCAACCACCACCACCAAUACCUCCGCCGCAGCCUCACCGUCUUUCCACUUCUUGUGACCGUCACCCCGACGAGCAUUUCACUGGCUUUUGCCCCUCAUGCCUCUGCGAGCGUCUCGCUGUUCUCGAACCUUCUUCCUCCACCGCCACUUCUUCCAAGAAACCUCCGCCUAUUCCCACCACUAUCACCGCCACCGCCGCCCUUAAAGCCAUUUUCAAACCCUCUUCUUCCUCCACCGCCGCUACUUCUUCUUCUUUUUUCCCUGAGCUCCGUCGUACCAAAUCUUUCUCCGCUUCCAAGAACGAAGGAUUCUCCGGCGUGUUUGAGCCCCAGAGAAAAUCUUGCGACGUUAGGGUUCGGAGUACUCUCUGGGCUCUCUUUUAUCAAGACGACGAGCACCGGAACCCGUCCAAAAGAGAGGCGGCGAAGAAUCCCGAAGUCGAGACAGAGCCAAGAAAAUCUUGCUCGAGCCUCCGUGGAGGCGGCGGUGCUCUUGACAGCGACGACUGUAAUGACUACGAUACAGAUAGCGGCGACAUUAUAAGGGUUAUAGACGACCACCACCAGCAACAACAACCAAUUAUUUUAACUGGGAGAAAUUCUAACGCAAACCCAAUUGAAGAAAUUCUUGAAGAGGACGAGGAGGAAGACGACGAAGAAGAAGACGACGACGGGAUUGUUAUCGAGCCGGCAUUCGAGCAGUUUCAAGAAGAUAAAGUGACGGAGGAGGUUACCAUUAAGCCUAUGAAAGACCAUAUAGAUCUUGAUUCGCAGACCAAGAAAGGUUCGGGUCGGGACUUUAAAGAAAUCGCUGGUAGUUUUUGGUCAGCGGCUUCGGUUUUCAGCAAGAAACUGCAAAAAUGGAGACAAAAACAGAAGAAUAAUAGUAAAAAAAGGAGAAAUGGUGGGCCUGGGUCAGCUACAUUGCCGGUUGAGAAGCCGAUUAGCCGGCAAUAUAGAGAAACCCAGUCGGAGAUUGCGGAUUAUGGAUUUGGCAGACGAUCUUGUGAUACGGAUCCAAGGUUUUCGCUUGAUGCUGGGAGGAUUUCUUUUGAUGAUCCUCGGUAUUCUUUUGAUGAGCCGCGUGCUUCUUGGGACGGGUAUUUGAUUGGUAGAACGUUUCCAAGAAUGCCUACUAUGUUAUCUGUUGUUGAAGAUGCUCCGGUGAAUGUCGUUUUACGGUCCGAUGCGCAAAUCCCGGUUGAAGAACCGAUCAUACAGGCAAUGCCUGUAAAUUCUGUUCAUGAGGGUGAGACUCUUCCUGGUGGUUCUGUUCAGACGAGAGAUUAUUACUCCGAUUCGUCCUCGAGGAGGAGGAAGAGUUUUGAUAGGUCUAAUUCGAUUAGGAAAACUGCAGCUGCUGUUGUUGCUGAGAUUGAUGAGUAUAAAUCUGCUACUGCUGCUUCUGUUUGUAAUUCUAAAGUUUCACCAGCCAGUACUACUGUUAAUCCUGUGGAUUAUAUCCACGGACCAAAAUUGGUUGUUCCCGACAGGGAUUCGAGGGAUGCGUACUCGAAUUCGUUAAGGGAUGAUUACUCGGAGACUUUCGAUAUGGGGUUUAGAGACAGUGUGUCGUCGGUGGUAGGCAAUGGCGAACGGAAAGAGGCUAAGAAGUCACGGAGAUGGAGUAAGGCGUGGAAUAUUUGGGGAUUUAUACACCGGAGAAGCGUUAGCGUAAACAAAGACGAAGAUGACGAUAGUCGGUAUAGCAGAGCAAAUGGAGUCGAGAGGUCGUUCUCGGAGUCGUGGCCGGAAUUAAGAGGGGAACAACGGAAUGGUAAUCCGAAGUUAAUGAGGAGUAAUAGCAGUGUGAGUUGGAGAAACUCGAAUGGGUUCGCAGGAGGAGGAUCAUUCGGUAGUGCUCGAAAAAGCAAUGUAGAGAGCAGUGUUAAUGGUAGAAAGAAGAGAGAUGAGUUUGUGUUAGAGAGGAACAGAAGUGCAAGAUACUCUCCAAACAACAACAGCAUUGAUAAUGGACUGUUGAGAUUCUAUUUGACCCCGUUACGGGGUAGCCGGAGAGUGGCCGGUUGGGGGAAGAGUAAGUCCAGUCAUGCACAGUCUAUUGCAAGGAGUGUAUUGCGAUUGUACUGAAAAAUUAAUAUUGGUUGGGGGAGGUUCAUAAGGUGUUUUUAUUUAUUUUUCAUCUUUGGCUUAAUUUUGAUGCAUUUGUUGUGUAAGCAGUAAAAGCAUACAUGCCUAAUGUAAUUGUUCAUCAUCAGUUGGUUGGUUGGGAUAUUGAUAACAAAAACACUAAUCACCUCUAAAUUUGUUUCCUUUUCCUUCA